AUGACUGCUCCCCUGGUGAUCCAGCUGGCGUCUCUGUCGGCCGACGAGACCGUCCUCAAGCUGCCUCAUCCGUACCUCACCGAGUACGCCAUCCAGCAAGCCAGCCGGAACGAGGCUCCCUUUUACCGGCUUCAAGAAAAGCCCAGCACCUCCCGGACACAGCUCCCCAGCAAGCUCGGCAACCCUGCCGUGGCCUUCUCGGAGCCCGCGCACCUCAAGUCGAGCGAGCUUCCUCCCGCUUCCAACAACAGCGCCUGGGCCCGCGCGAGGCGAUCGCCAUGCUCGACGGUCGUCUGGGACGGAGCUGAGGCGCCCUCGCUGGCGCAAGCUUGGCUCCUUCUCUACUUCCUCUUUACCGUCCGCCCGGCCGAGGAGCUGCUCCGCCUCGAGCUCAAGGGCCAGAAUGCCUCGACUCUGGCCCAGCAGCUGACGGAUGUCCUGCUCGCCAUCGAGCACCCGCUUCCGGCGCGCGAGAAGAAAGUUCCCUCCACCAAGGCCGACGAGAGCGUCGUCGUCGCUCUUCGAAGCACCUUCUGGCAGGGCGCCGGCUCGCCCUUUGGCCCGCGCCCCGUCUGGUGCCCCGACGAGUCGCCCAAGUCGCUCUCGGGCCCGAAUCCUCUGGCUUCUUACCCUCUCACGCCGCUACAACACACAAUCACAGUCGCCUCAGCCGGUGAUCCCCAAGAUCCCGAGCGCUACCAGCAGACAUGGCACCCCGUCCGGCCCGCCAAGCCCGCGCCCGGAGCCGUCGUGUACAGCCGCUGGAUCCCCCAUCUCAAGGAGACCUUCUCCAUGGUCUCGCUCGACUGGGAGGACCCGGAGCACCUGCGGCUGUUCCACGAGUGGCAGAAUGACCCUCGCGUCUCGCAGGGGUGGAACGAGUCCGGCACGGUGGAGCAUCAUCGCCAGUACCUGCGCAACAUCCACGAGGAUCCUCACCAGCUCGCCAUCCUGGCCAAGUGGGACGACACCUACUUUGCCUACUUUGAGGUGUACUGGGCCAAGGAGGACCGCCUGGGCGGCUACUACGACGCCGAGGACUUUGACCGCGGCCGCCACUCCCUCGUCGGCGACGUGCGCUUCCGCGGGCCUCACCGCGUGUCCGCCUGGUGGAGCAGCCUCAUGCACUACCUCUUCCUCGACGACCCCCGCACCAUGUACGUCGUCGGCGAGCCCAAGGACACCAACUCGACCGUCGUCAUGUACGACCUCAUCCACGGCUUCGGCCUCGACAAGUUUGUCGACCUGCCCCACAAGCGGAGCGCCUUUGUGCGCUGCCCCCGCGGCAGGUUCUUCCAGCUAUGCCCACUGGCCGAGAAUGAGAAGGCGGUGGGAGGCAUGAGGAUCGGGCUGGUGCCGAAGCUGUGA